GGCGGUGACCAUACGGAAAUACUCCACAUUGCUGAUUAUCCUCCUGGAGAGUAUUGCUCCCAGAGCACAAAGCGCUUAUGCUGGGGCGGACUGACAACUCAUGGGGCCCCCGGGCAAUAGGAGAUCAUGGGGCCCCUGUGUCCUUGCCCAAACUCAAAAAAGCCUGUGAAAAAGGUACCAGGGGCAUCUCAUGGGGCCCCCUACUGACCCCGGGCCCUCGGGCAGUGCCCGAGUUUCCAAAUGGUCAGUCCGCCACU